UCCUAAUAACUCGACUGUUUUAUCAAGAGAAUGCGAAGAUUUAUCUGAAAUACCAAAAGAUAUUGAAAAGAGUUUCUACCUGCCAAUGAAUACUAUGAAAAAUAAUCACGAAAAAGUUUUAAUGAAACAUAAAAAUACACAAAUAUUAGAGAAUAAAAAUAAACAGGAAGAAAUUUACAAUGGAAAAAUCAAUGAAAGUAACCUAAGAAUUAAUGAAAUUAAUAUACAAAUGCUUCCGAAAUCAUUACAUCAACAAAUAUUUAAAAAUUGUCCUGAAGAAGAAAAAAUAUCAGAGAAAGAAAUACAAUCUAUAAAAAAUGAUUUACAUUUAUACGGGAUAAAUAUUACUGAUGCGAGUAGACUACCUGAUGUUGAUAUUAAAAUACCUCCUUUGAAAGGAGAUAAUAUUGAAGAACAUUUUUAUAACAUUGGAAAAGCACAGGUUGAACCUUAUACAAAACUUAUAAAAACUAUUAUGAUAGAUAUACCGCAAAUGCCAAAUCAGUGGUUAUUGAAAGAAGGUUGGACAAGAUACAGUGUUGAUGGAAUACAGAGUGUGGAUUAUCCACUAGAAGAUGCUGUUAUUUUUGAUGUGGAAGUUUGUUUAAAAGAAGGUCCUUUACCAACAAUUGCAACUGCAGUAACUAACCAAGCAUGGUACGGUUGGGUAUCAAAAUCUUUAAUUAAUGGUUUAAGUAGAAAUUUUGAAGGUAGACGAUUCAGUAUAGAUGAAUUAAUACCAAUGGAAAGUACAGCUGCUGAAAAUGGUGAAAAAUUGACUUCUUUUCAUAAAAAGCCAAAGAUUAUGGUUGGUCAUAAUGUAUCAUAUGAUAGAAGUAAAAUUAAAGAACAGUAUUGGUUGAAACAUACAGGAUUAAGAUUUCUUGACACCAUGUCACUUCAUAUAUGUAUUGGUGGAAUUAACAGCUAUCAAAGAGCAAUUUUAAACUCAACAAAGGAUACAAAUGAAAAAUUAAAUUUACAAAUGCAAACUUCACUAAGUAGUUUAGCAGAAAUUCAUAAAUUUUAUUGUGGUUCUGAAAUAAGCAAAGAAUCCAGAGAUAUAUUUGUAAAUGGAACUUUGGCAAAUAUCAAAGAAGACUUCAACUCUUUGAUGACAUAUUGUGCAAAUGAUGUAAUUGCAACUCAUAAUGUUUUAUGCCAUUUAUUUCCAACAUUUGAAGAAAGAUUUCCUCAUCCUGUUACUUUAGCAGGGAUGUUAGAGGUUGGUACAGCAUAUCUGCCAAUAAAUUCUAAUUGGCAAAGAUAUUUAAACGAAUCAGAGACUACAUUUGAAGAUUUAAAUUAUGAAACUAAAGUUAUUCUUGCUAAUAGAGCUAAUGCUGUUUGCGAGCUUAUGCAUAAUGAAAAAUAUAAAGAAGAUCUAUGGAUGUGGGAUGAAGAUUGGAGUACACAAACACUUAAAGCAAAAGCAUGUUAUUCAAAAACAAUUAAGAAAGUAUGUAAAGUACAAAAGGUAGAAAAGAAGGAAAAAUUAGAAACUCAAUGCUACUUAACGGAUGAUGAAGAUGAAGAAGAUCCCUUAGAGAAAGAAUUUGCUUAUUUAACAGAGACAAGGAAGUUUUUACCUUUGAAAUUACCACAUAAGCCAGGGUAUCCUGCUUGGUAUAGAAAACUUUGCCCUAAAAUAAAUGAUGAAAACUGGGCUCCUGGGCCUCAAAAUAUAAGUGUUUCUAAACAAAUUGUUCCAAAGCUUUUAAAUUUAACAUGGGAAUAUUAUCCUUUAUAUCAUAUGAAAGAUAAAGGCUGGGGUAUUUUAGUACCUUACACUAACAAUUUAGAUAUUAAAACUAAAGUACCUUUAAAACAACUUUUAGCACAUUGUUCUUUUUCGAAGAUAGGAAAUUCAUUUGAUGAAACAAAUUAUACAUUAUCAACUAUCGACAAAGAAGUGCAAAAUGACUUGCAUAAAACUGAAUUCUGGCGUAACAAAAAGAAAAAGCCUACUGUUGAGUUAAAUAAUAUUUACAAAGGCAGUGCACAAUGGUGCAAUGUGGUUAUUGAUAAUUGUUGUUACUUCCUUAAAUUACCUCACAAAGAUGGAAAAAGCAGUAAUGUCGGUAAUCCUUUGAGCAAAGAUUUUUUGAACAAGUUUUCAGAAAAUGUAUUGGCUAGUUCAGAUGCUAGUGCUGCGGAAAUUUUGAAAAUUGCAAGGAUGCUUUCAUAUUGGAGAAAUAACAGGGACAGAAUUAUGUCACAGUUUGCGGUAUGGUUUGAAAACUCGUAUUUACAACGAGGCGUUAAAAGUUCAAGAAAGUCAAUGCGUUAUGGAGCAAUUUUACCUUUGGUAGUUGUAUGCGGAACGUUGACUAGACGAGCAGUAGAACCUACAUGGAUGACUGCAUCUAACGUUCAUUCUGAACGUAUCGGUUCUGAAUUACGAGCAAUGAUUCAAGCGCCUCCAGGAUAUAAUAUUGUCGGCGCCGAUGUUGACAGUCAGGAAUUGUGGCUCUCGUCGAUAAUAGGAGAUGCAUAUUAUAAAAAAAUUCAUGGAGCUACGCCCUUUGGUUGGAUGACAUUAAUUGGCACCAAAUCUAACGAGACUGACAUGCACAAUGUUACUGCCAAAGCAGUUGGGAUUUCCAGGAGUCAAGCAAAAAUUAUUAAUUAUGCUAGAAUUUAUGGCGCUGGUCAAAAGUUUGCAGAAACACUCUUAAAACAAUUCAACCCGUCUAUGACAGAUAGCGAAGUUACAUCCAAGUCUCGAAAAAUGUUUGCCAUGACGAAAGGCAGAAAGGUUUUUAAAUUGAAACCUGAACAUACUACUAAACUUACCGACAAAGAUUAUUCGUCAUACGAGGCAUACAAAAUAUCAAAAUUAUACGACAAACCAUUACCGGUGAUGUUUGAAAAAGGUAAAUGGACCGGUGGUUCAGAGUCCGCGAUGUUCAACAGCUUGGAAGAAAUCGCGCAGCAACCUCAUCCUGUUACACCUUUUUUGAAGUCCAGGCUGACCGCAGCUUUAGAAAAUCCGACAGAUGAUGAGAAAUAUUUACCCACGAAAGUAAAUUGGGUAGUUCAAAGUGGAGCAGUCGAUUUCUUACAUUUGAUGUUAGUCUCGAUGAAG